AUGAACCAAGUCAUAACAACCGUGGCCAAAAUAGCGCAGACAGGUGUGAGGAAUGAUGACGACAUCGUCGACCGACUGAACCACCGCUACACCUCCCUUCUUCUCGUCAUCUUCACCAUCGUUAUCAGCACCACGCAGUACGUCGGCACCCCCAUCCACUGCUGGUGCCCUGCCUUCUUCUCUAGCAACCAUGAAAAGUACGCCAACAACUUCUGCUGGAUAUCUGAUACUUACUACCUGACCGACGAGAACGCAAUGCCUGGAGUUGGUGUCAGACGCAAGCACAUCGGAUACUACCAGUGGAUUCCUGUGGCCUUGUUAGUUCAGGCGCUGCUCUUCUUCAUGCCGUGUUUGUUCUGGAGGAUACUGAGCGACAGGUCUGGAAUCAACGUAAACAACUUGGUGGAGGCUGCCGAAACCAUCCAGAAUGCCCUCUACCCGGAGAGGAGGGAGAAGACCAUCAGGUACAUGAUCAGGCACCUCGAUCAUUACCUGGAUUACCAACGGGACUACAGGUCAGUCGAUUAUUCAUUUUUUCGUUUGUGGCAACAGGUAGGAAGAAAUAUCUCCACCGGGAUGGUGCGAGGGAACUAUUUGGUCGGUUUGUACCUGACUACGAAGCUGAUUUAUAUCAUCAACUCCAUCGGCCAGAUAUACCUACUCAAUCUUUUCCUCGGAGCGGACUACCACAUGUAUGGCAUCCAGAUAAUAAUUGAUUUAAUGAAAUACCGUGAGUCGAGACUUCAACGGCAAAAUCGCUUUCCACGAUCGACGCUGUGUGAUUUUAAAAUCUUUCAAAUGGGAAACGUCCAACCGCACACAGUCCAGUGCGUACUGCCCAUCAAUUUCUUCAAUGAGAAGAUCUACUUGUUUCUCUGGUUCUGGAUUGUUUUCGUUUCUUUAGCGACAUUUUUAAGUCUCUUUCGCUGGGUUUUUGUGCUGGCCAUCGGUCAGAGCAGAACCAGGUACGUGAGGAAGCAUUUGAAAAUAAUGGAUCGAGUGCGGUCCGACAACGACAGAGAUCGAAAGUUGUCCUACAAAUUCGCUGAAAAGUAUCUCAGGCAGGACGGAGUGUUCGUCCUGAAGCUGGUAGCAAAAAAUUCGACUGAUCUGGUUGUAGCUGAUAUCGUGGCGGCUCUUUGGGACCACUUCAAGACGAAACCACGUGAUCUGCCAGCUCAUCAACGCCCUCGAACUCGUCGUCAUCCACCACAAUAUUUGCAAGAAGCCGAGCGGUCAAUGGGCUUUGAAGCUGCUGCCGUUGAGUCAUACACGAACAAUGCCAGGGACGAUCAACUGUCACUGGAAGAUUCCUGAGUUGUGUAUUCGCCAGGGACAGAAGAUGAUGACUUUAUUAGGUCUUUCUUUCUCUGUUCGUUGCAGAGCAACUUCAACGUUUUUUCAAAUUUAAGUCACGUUCGAAGUAUUUAUUAAAAGUCGCCAUGUUUUUAUUAAUGGUUUUUUAUUUUAUUACCGGUUUCCACUUGUAAACUUUACAUUUCCGCACAAUCCUCCAGAUGAUUGGAGGAAGAAUUUGUAAAAAGUUUUUAUAACAGGAUGUAGUUUAUUCUUGUUUUCGUUCAUCUGCUUGAUGUUUGUUCUUCUAGAUUAGUUUUUACAAAUACUGUAUUUACUUUUUUUAACAAUUUUUUUAAUAUCGUCCGAUUUUUAUUUGUUUUUAAAUUUUCGGUAAUUGUUACACUAUUUCAAUGUGCAGUUUGUACGUACUAGAAAAGAAAAGUUACUUA